CGCUCAGGCGCUUCUUGCUAUCUCCUUAUGUUCCGCUUUCCUUUCUCGGAGUCCUGCUAAAGCUCAUUUCAGUGCGAGGGUGAAGAAAUGUGGCUCCUUCUCGGGGCAGCAGAUGGCAGAUUGUGUGACUAAGGUUGAACUAAGCGUCUGCUGUGAGAACUUGCUGGAUAGAGAUGUCACUUCUAAAUCAGAUCCACUGUGUGCACUGCUAAUGAAUGUUGGUGGAAAUCAGUGGGUUGAAAUUGAUCGCACAGAGAGAGUUAACAACUGUCUCUGUCCAAAGUUUGCAAAGAAGUUCCUGAUAGAUUACUGCUUUGAGCAGGUCCAGAAACUGAAGUUUGGAGUUUACGAUAUAGAUAAUAGAACGAUUGAUUUGAGUGACGAUGACUUCUUGGGAGAGCUUGAAUGUACUCUGGGACAGAUUGUAUCCAGCAAAAAACUGACCAGACCUCUUGUGCUGCGAAAUAGAAGACCAGCAGGAAAAGGAACUAUCACGAUUUUUGCAGAGGAAGUGAAGGAUAGCCGGGUGGUAAACUUUGAAGCUCAAGCACGGAAUCUGGAUAAUAAGGAUUUCUUCGGGAAGUCAGAUCCAUACUUAGAAUUCUAUAAACAGACUGAAGAUCGAAGAUGGCAAAUGGUGCAUCGAACAGAGGUUAUAAAGAAUAACCUGAAUCCAAGUUGGAAACCAUUUAGAAUUCCUUUGCGGUCUCUGUGUAAUGGGGACUUGGAGAGAUCUAUCAAGGUGGAUUGUUAUGACUAUGACAAUGAUGGAUCACAUGAUCUAAUUGGUAUAUUUGAGACUAAUAUGACUAAACUACUGGAAGCAUCCUACAAUUCACCGGCAGAGUUUGAGUGUAUUAAUCCAAAGAAGAAACAGAAAAAGAAAAAUUACAAAAACUCGGGAAUAGUGAGUUUUAAAUUAUGCCAGAUUGUGAAAGAGUACACUUUCUUGGAUUAUAUCACAGGUGGCUGUCAGCUGAACUUUACUGUCGGAAUUGACUUCACUGCAUCUAAUGGAGAUCCACGUACACCCAACUCUCUACAUUUUAUAAAUCCUAAUGGAUUUAAUGAAUACCUGAUGGCCAUCUGGUCUAUUGGGAUAAUCAUUCAAGACUAUGAUUCAGACAAGUUAUUUCCAGCAUUUGGAUUCGGUGCACAAAUACCUCCAACCUGGCAGGUAUCACAUGAGUUUCCACUUAACUUCAACCCUGAAAACCCAUUUUGUGGAGGAGUCCAGGGUGUAGCUGAUGCCUACCGCAACUGCCUUUCUCAAGUCAGGUUAUAUGGACCCACAAACUUCUCUCCAAUAAUAAACCAUGUGGGAAGAUUUGCAGCUGUAGCAGCACAACAGCAUAAAGCUUCACAAUAUUUCAUCCUGUUGAUCGUCACAGAUGGCGUGAUAACAGAUUUAGAUGAAACAAGACAGGCCAUUGUGAAUGCUUCUAAGUUGCCAAUGUCCAUCAUUAUUAUUGGUGUUGGUGGAGCAGAUUUUAGUACCAUGGAAUUUCUGGAUGGCGAUAAUGGUGUUCUCAGAUCACCGACUGGAGAAGUGGCAAUCCGGGAUAUUGUCCAGUUUGUGCCAUUUAGAAAGUUUCAAAAUGCACCCAAAGAAGUUCUUGCACAAAGCGUACUGGCUGAAUUACCUCAGCAAGUGAUGUCCUACUUCAACACUUGCAAACUCGGUCCUCCGAAUGAGCCAAGUCUCUAAAUACCUGAAUGUUUGAUCUGAUUUCAGUCAUGAUCUACAAAUAUGUUCACUGAAGUGCAAAAAUGUUCAAUCCUACAGUAUUAGCCGCAAGAUUUUUUAUGACAUUUUACAUAAAAAUGUUUCAAAUGUUUAUGAAUCUAAAUUCAAUUACAUGUUAAUAUUUUGAAUAACCUUGAUAAAACAGUAUAAUGACAUUUGUCAAGGUUUAAUUAAUUUGCAUGAUUUUACAAUAUUGUGUGAAUCAAUGCAAUAACUGUUUAUUAGCUGGCUAGUUUGUGGCAUCUCUUGCACCCUUGGUUCUUUACAUUCGAGGUUCUUUGAUUUGUUCCUGUUAUGUUGAAAAGUUAUCUGUCUAUUUUAUGAAUACUAAAGGUUACUUUCUGGUUUUAAUUUUCACUCCCAGCAUUGCAGUCUGUUUUUUAAAAUUGUGCUACAAAUUUCUGUAUUAUUCUGCAGAUAUUUUAUUUUGAAGUUUAUAACUUUGUUGGGAAAUGUUCAAUUUGAAUUGUUAGACUGGGGCCAAAAACUCAUAUAUGAAAUAGGUGCUGUUAUUAAAUAACUGAGAAUGGCUAGCGUUUUUAUUUUUUAGCAUCGUAAUAUUUAAUUGUGAAAAAAGUUGAAUAAAGUCUUUAAAGACCUGCUAAAUGAUAAGUCUAGCCUAUGUACUUAAUGCAAUGAUCAAAUAUCUCUUUCAUUAGCAUAUUUUUGAAGUAUAAAUAUCUAUUGCAUUGGUCACUUCAACUUCAGCAGUUUAAAAACAGAAAAUGAAUCCAGAAUUAUAGCUUGUAUUUAAAAUAAUAACAAUGUAUCAGACAAAUGUUCUUAAACAUAUUGACAAAGUUAUCAUGUUGCAUUAAAAAUUCAACUGCUCAGUUAAAUAUGUUUCCAAAUUCAACACAAUAACAAAAUUUUAAAAUGUACACCUGUUACUGUGUAAAAUAUUACAAACUAAGGCACUUGAAGAUGUUUUGAUAACAGGAGUUGGUUCUGUAUGAAUGCAGUUAGUUCAGCUCUUUUAAAUGUAAUUCGGGUAUUGUAUACGUUUCAGAAUAGUGAUCAUAGAAUGCACACACUGACCAUAAUUUACUAACAAAUAAAUCACAUUGUUUAAAUGUGCGAGAUGCCUUUACCAUCUAUACUCAUGUAAAAUUCAUAAGGUCACUGUUUCCAUGGGUACCCUUAGAGGGAUUGACAUACUUGUGUGAUUUGAGUUCAAAUGGAAUAUUGUAAAACUCAGCAACACCAAAGAACUAAUAUUAGUUCAGCAUUAGUCCAAGCUUCCUGUAUGGUAAUUUGGUUGACCAAAGCUGCAUACAAAUCCCAGGUCUGAAUUGGAUGCCACUCAGGCAAGGAAAUAUUGCAGAUGUUUACAAUGACAGGUUACCAGCUCAUGGUGUACGUUAUCAUAUAAAAUUUUAUCAUGAUUUGUCAACACUAGUCCCUUAUUUGGUCCUGACCUUGUGGCAAGUCAAGUUGGGUCAAUUACUUUUGCCUUUGGUUCUUGAUCCCCUGAUCCUUCGUGGCUGGUUUCUGCACUUGUUAUUGUUAUGGUAGGUUUCAGGGUGCAGAUCCGCUUCUGUCCUGUUAACGUUCCCAGUUUUGUUGAACUUAUUCCUAAACCACUUUGGCAUUUAGCCCAUUCUUGGAGUUGGUAUUGAAAUGUUUCUGUACAGUUAUAAAUGAGGGUGGCGGCAGUGAUGGAAAGCUGCAGAAAUUACUUGUCAAUGUCACAGUUGUUGGUUGACCUGUGGAGGAUCUGCACACUAUUGUAAUAUAGUUCAUGAAUUUUAAGCACAGGACAAUAACUUCAUGACUUGUUCUUCCUUCUUCUAAUUUUUCUGUAUUAAAAACCAUUGCAUAUCA